AGUAUUUCGAGGUUAAGAUUUUACUACAUGUUUAUUUUCAUUUGAAUUUUAUGUUAAUUUAAUUUGUACAGUUUCCUGAUCAAAUUGAGUUCAAUUCCAUCUUCAAUUACGUAAGACUGUCUGAGAAAUCCCCCAGAACACUGAGUUUUGCGAAAACAGAAUGUUAAAAAAUGGUUAAAAAUCUGAAAAGACUAAUUUCAAAUAAUAUUUUCCUAAUAUUAGGAUUUCUGAUUGGUGUUUACAUGCAGUUAUCGUAUUUUAGUAUCGAAUUCGUUUGUGAUAGUGAAAUAAAGAAUAUAGUUCAGGAUGUUGAAGCUCCGCAGGCAGAUAAAAUCAUUGCGAAACCUCCUAUUAUUAAUGUAACGAAGACAAACUCUACAGAUGCCAAGAAAAAAAAGAAGUUGAUCAGACCAAGGUACUACUCGACUGAGUUAGGAAUACGCGAGAAACUUUUUGUUGGAAUUUAUACAUCAGAGGAAAAAGUGAAUACUCAAGCUAUACAUAUAAACAAAACUGUUGCCCAUUUAGUCGACAAAAUCAAAUUUUUCAUCACUGCCCAGUAUAAGUUGAAAUCUAAAUUUAACCUUACUGGAUUGGUUGGAUUCACAGAUACCAGGUCCAAAUAUAGACCUUUUCAGAUAUUCAAAUAUAUAGGAGAUAACUUCGGACAAGAGUAUGAUUACUAUUUAUUAGCCACUGAUUAUACUUACUUGAAUGUUCAUCGUAUAAAAGAUAUAGUGAAUGCCAUAAGUGUUAGCAUGGAUGUUUACUUAGGAACUAAAGAAUCUGAUAGUAGUUUUUGUAGUUUAGACGCUGGUAUAAUCAUUAGCAAUUCGGUUUUGAAAGCGGUGAGGGAAAAAUUGGAUUGGUGUGUGCUCAAUGCCGUCUCGGAUAGUCACAGUGAGAAUAUUGGAAGGUGCAUCUAUAACAGUAUUGGGCUCAAUUGUCAAGAAACUGUACAGAGUCAAAGAUUAACAUCAUUCAGAAUGAAGCAUUUUGAUCUGGACAAGUCACUUUACAAUUUGUCUCGGAGAGAGGAUUUCAACAGUGCAGCUACUGUUUACCCAGUCCUUCAAGGAAGGGACUUUUAUCAGUUGAAUACUCACUUUAUAAAGCAAAGGCUGAAUGAACUACAAGGGAUAGAGAAAGAAUUGGCGGAAGGUUUAGUGGAAUCUUGGCCGCCAGGUCACAAACCAAAGGCUAAACCUGCAACAAGGUUUGAUCUGGCACGACAGUUAUACUUUAAUCUAACCCAUGUUUUCUUCCCUGAUGACUUUACAACUAUCAGAAAACACAAUAAGGACGAAUUAUCCGAUAUCCAAAAUAUUUUAAAUCGAGCUGUGGAAAAAGCUUUAAUUGACAAUAAAAAUCUAACAUUCACAAAAUUAUCGAAUGGUUAUAAAACGUUUGAUGCAAGUAGAGGAAUGGAUUACGUUAUAGAUGUCGAGUUUCUUGAUGAAUAUUCAUCAAAAGUGAUAAAAAAGAGAUUUGAGAUUUGCAAGCCUCUGAGCAAAGUAGAAUUCGUGCCAGUGCCUUACGUGACUGAAAAUAAAAAGGUGACCGUAUUCCUCGUCAUCCAAGAACACGAAGUCAAAGAAGCCAAAACAUUUUUAAACAAUUUCCUAGGCAUAAUGAACGACAAGAAGGACCAAAAUUUCCUCAUGCUGAUCCUGUUUUACCAAAACAAUUCGAUCAGUCAGGGAAAAAACGACGUGUUUCUUGAAGUUAAAAAUUUCGUUAAAAAAACCUCGGCGUUGUUCAAGGACGAGACUAAGGUUGCGUGGGUCUCCAUAAGAUUACCGACCAUGUCUUAUGUGGCGAGUGCCGAAGUUAAGUCUUUGAAUUUUGUUGCUGUCGAUCUCGCUCUGAAAAAAGUUGGAGUAAAUAACCUUAUAUUGAUUCUGGAUUCUUUUUGUAACAUAACGAAGGAGUUUUUGAAUAGGGUCAGAAUGAAUACCAUUGAAAAAUUCCAAGUAUUUAGUCCGAUACCUUUCAGACAAUACAAUCCAAAGGCUAGUGAAUAUUCGAAAUUUGAGGUGAAUAAAAACGCUGGACAUUUUGAUAGGGAGGAAUAUAAAUACAUUUCUUUCUAUGGGAGAGAUUACGUAGAAGCUAGGAAAAAAUACCAACAAGAGAUGCCAAUAAUACGAGCGGACACCGACAUAGCAACAGUCCUCAAAGAACCGUUCAGGAGCCGAGGAAAUCUGCUUGAAAUGUUUGUCGAAACGUUGAAAGAUUUCCGACAUAUGAGGGCAACUGAAAUGAACCUUUUGAUACGAUACCACGAAGAAUUAGACCAGGGAAAGUGCAAUAAGUUUAUUGGGAGCAAGAGCCAACUGGCUAAAUUAUUGUUGAGUAAGAAAUCAGAGAUUCCGUUGCUUCAGUGACUCAUUAAUUGUUAUCAACCAUGAUUUCAUUAUUUUUCCAGCGGACGAUGAAAAAUUUUGAACGAAUUUUUUGUUAUUUUUGAGUCUUAUUUUGUUCGAAAAUUUAAAUCUUUUUAUUUAUGUAGGCCGAAUUCAUUAUAUCCUUUUCAUGUUUAAGACAUUUUAUCAUAUUUAUUUUAUUUUUGAAGACACGUAAAUCGAUAUUAAAGAUGCUUCCAUUACCCUUCAAAAUUUUUUUACAUAUUUGUAGAUGUUUUUUCACUGAUCAACUUGCCUCCGUUAUAUAAAAAAAUUAAGGUUAGUAUCUAGUCUGAAACUUAAGGUUGUGCGGUAGAGAGUGAGAACACAGCAUGACAGCUUAUGGGAAAGUGAAAUGUUUUAAUUUCUGAGAUUAAUAUUUUUGCUCAAAGUAAUUUUGUUUUAAAGAAACUGUUAUGGGUUAGUUCCUACACUCGGAUAAUUUUUGUUCAUUUUGAGAAUGAUUAUUUAUUUUCAAAGAGAAAAUUGCAAUAAGAUGUUGAUUUUUUUUUUAAUUAGAGACAUACCAACUUUAUCGAAUUUUUCAGAUAGGAAAUCAGUUUUUUAGUUUAUGAUCUGAUAGUUUUUGAUCUCAGCUGGAUAUUUCUCAUAAAAACUGAGAAAAGUGUUAGGAAAAUUGAAAUUUUCAUCAAAUAACAAUGUUUAUUUCGAGUCAAUCAGUGUAUUAUUGCUUUAUUACUGAAUUUCGAUAUGUUUGCGCAUUUUACAGUAAUCAGAAUGUGAUGAAUUUUGCAUUUUUGCCAUUAUUGUGCCUUACGAAUGACCAUUUUACAAUUGUUGUGAACUUUAUUGUCCAAUAAAUAUUUGAUUAUUCAA